AUGGCUUUCGAUUUAAACUUUCUUCUGCCUUUGUUUUCUGUAUUUGUUGCAUUGGCUCUUGCCAUUGUGUUUUAUAACUACAAGAGCUCUAGAGACAAGAAAUUAUUACCACCAGGAGAACUAGGCCUUCCUUGGAUUGGUGAAACCUUAGACUUCCUCAAAGCCCAAAAAAAUAACAAAUUGUACCAGGAGUUUGUUCAACCAAGAAUCAAGAAAUAUGGGAAGACCUUCAAAACUAGCUUGAUGGGAUCACCAACUGUGGUUGUAAAUGGAGCUGAAGCCAAUAAGUUCUUUCUGUCUAAUGAAUUCAAGUUGGUGGUCAGUUCAUGGCCUACUUCAGCUGUUCAGCUCAUGGGCUCUGAUUCUAUCAUGGGAAAACAAGGGGAUGCACACCGUUGCAUUCGAGGAAUCAUUGCCACCAGCCUCAGCUGUUCUGGCCUGGAGGCAACGGUCCCAAAGAUGUGCAACACCGUUCAGUUGCAUUUGGACGAAAAUUGGCAGGGUAAGAACAUUAUCAGCCUGUAUAGGUUUACCAAAACUUUAACAUUCAACAUUGUGCUUAAAUGCAUGCUUGGAAUUGAAGUAGAACAAAAAAUGUUGGGAAUCUUUGAGAGAGUCUUGGAAGGGGUGUUCUCUCCCCCAGUUAAAUUCCCCGGGUCGGCGUUUUCCAGGGCAAAAAAUGCAAGAGUUGAGGUAGAGAAGAUGUUGCUAAAUAUAGUAAGAAAAAAGAGAGAAGAAAUUGAAUUCCAGCAAGGAGGAGAAGAGGGAGGAAUGCUACUUUUCCGGCUGGUAAAGGCAAUGAUCCAAGGCGAAAUGAGCGAGAAGGAAGUGGUGGAUAAUAUGGUUCUGCUAGUUUUUGCUGCACAUGAUACCACGUCUUUUGCCAUCACCAUGACCUUUAGGAUGUUGGCUCAUCAUCCAAAAUGCUAUUCCCAACUUCUUCAAGAACAUCUUGACAUAAAGGACAACAGAAAACCAGGUGAAACCUUGACACUAGAGGACAUAAAGAAGAUGAAUUAUACUUGGCAAGUUGCUAGGGAAAGCAUGAGGAUGUACCCUCCCAUCUUUGGCUCAUUCAGAAAAACAAUUGCAGACAUUGAAUUCGACGGAUAUACAAUUCCAAAAGGCUGGAAGGUGCUCUGGACUGCUUAUGGAACACAUUAUGAAUCAGAGUAUUUUGAAGACCCUCUGACAUUUAAUCCAAGUAGAUUUGAGAAGCCUGUUCAACCUUAUGUUUAUUCUCCAUUUGGUGGAGGACCAAGGCAGUGUGCUGGAUCUCAAUUGGCCAAGUUAAACAUCCUAAUACUGAUACAUUUUGUGGUUACCCAAUAUGAAUGGUCCUUAGUCAAUCCUGAGGAACCUAUAGCUGUGGAUCCUCUACCAUUUCCCUCUCACGGAAUGCCAAUUAGAAUUUCUCCCAAGUUGUCAUAA